AAUUUUUUUAAAUCAUUUGGACCUUUCUAUUUGCCCUGGAAGUUCCACCAAGCUAUUGUAUUUUGUCCUAACCUAUGUAAUUUCAGUUUUAAAACUUAAGCAUUUCUUGUUCAUUUUCUUGUCCAAAUCACAACCCCCACAACCACCAUUUCCGGUGGUUGUAAUGGCAGUUUCCGGCAACUUCCCUAGGCUGAUAUUCAUAUCAGCUUUUAUCUUCAAGCUCUUAAUCACCGUUAGUAAUGGUGCUGAUGUUUACUUGGAGUGGACUGUAGCCAUUAAUACAUCAGUUCUUCCAUUUCCUCAAGAACAACCUGUUAUUACCAUCAAUGGGAUGUUUCCAGGUCCCCUCGUCAAUGCCACAACCAAUGACGUAGUUUACGUCAAUGUGUUCAACAAUAUAGAUGAGCCACUACUAUUUACAUGGAAUGGGAUACAACAAAGACUUAACUCAUGGCAGGAUGGAGUUUCGGGAACGAACUGUCCAAUUCAGCCUGGCACUAACUGGACUUACGAGUUUCAGGUCAAGGAUCAAAUUGGGUCUUUCAUCUAUUUCCCCUCCAUCAAUUUCUUGAAAGCCGGAGGCGGAUACGGUCCGAUUCGAGUUAAUAAUCGUCCAGUGAUCGAAGUACCCUUCCCCCAACCCGAGAAUGAUUUUGAUCUUCUCAUUGGAGACUGGUAUCAGAAGAGUUACAAGGAAAUAAGGUCCCAGCUCAUAAACAAUUCAACGGUCUAUGAGAUCCCUCCUGAUAAAAUCUUGAUGAAUGGAAAGGGCUCGUAUUUGGAUAAUGAUUCAAAAGCCUAUGAAUUGUUUACCGUAACAAAGGGAAAGACAUACAGGUUCAGGGUAUCGAACGUUGGAACUGCCUGGAGUUUCAACUUCAGGAUUCAAAAUCACCGGAUGCUAUUGGUUGAAACAGAAGGAUCUUAUGUUAAUCAGAUGCCUGUGGAUUCUCUCGACGUACAUGUCGGCCAAUCUUACUCCGUGCUCGUCACGGCAGAUCAACAAGAACAAGAUUAUUACAUUGUGGCGGUUCCGAAACAGGUCAAUGCCACCGGGUUCAGUGAUCUUGUCGGUGUCGCGGUGUUGCACUACGAAAACUCCAUUAUUCCUCCUAGAGGUGGUCUGCCACCGGGGCCUGAUCCAUUCGAUAUCCAAUUCUCCAUCGAUCAAGCUAAAUCCAUUAGGUGGAAUUUGACGGCGGGAGCUGCUAGGCCUAAUCCGCAAGGAACCUUCAACGUUUCGAAUGUGACAUUAUCGCAAUCCUUCGUUCUCCAAAGCUUGGUUUCAGAGAUCAACGGCAAAGCUCGAUAUACAGUAAACAACGUAUCUUAUCUUACACCCAAAACUCCGUUAAAGCUCGCCGAUGCCUUCGCCAAUGGAGGAAACGGUGUUUAUGUUCUCGACAAAUUCCCAACAAAUUCUUCAAACGCUGAAGCCGUCAACGAUGUUUUCGUAGCAUCUGGAAUCCAUAACGGCUGGACCGAGUUUGUGUUCAAGAAUGACUUGGAUUUAAUCCAUACUUGGCAUUUGGAUGGUUUUGGAUUCUUCGUAGUUGGGUUUGGUGAAGAACAAUGGACACCGAAUUCUCGAUCUUCUUACAAUACCUACGAUCCGGUGGUCCGCUCGACAAUUCAGGUGUACCCUGGCAGAUGGACAUCGGUUUAUGCUUAUUUAGACAAUCCUGGGAUGUGGAAUUUGAGAUCACAACACUUGAAAAACUGGUACUUAGGUCAGGAGCUUUAUGUGAGAGUCUAUGAUCCUGAUCCUAACCCUGCUAAGGAAAAGAAGGCCCCUGAAAACAUGCUCCUUUGCGGUUAG